AUGGACUUGCAUGCUUCCCCCGUAGUUACCAUGUCGGCAGGAGAGCUGCGAGCUUACAAGAAGUUCAACGCUGACGAGUCAUCAACCAUGCCCGGACGCCUUGGUGUGAAAGAGACCCUGCAAAGUAUCUACGCCCACCUUAUUGGGGCAGAAGGUCAAGUUCAAACAAACAUCUUCCAAUUAUGUACUCCAUCGUCGUACUUCGGCAUACUCUAUGUCGAUUCAGUCCGUAUGGAUGUCUCAAACCAGUCUCUUCUCGCCGAUGCCGCAUUCAUCCCCUGCUACGCGAGCGCAGACAUAGCGCCACUCGUUGUCUUGCUUCAAGCUCGUCGCGACAAGAUAAACUGCAUCAAGAUGAAGGAAGAUGAAGUUGCCUUCUGGAAGCAUAUACUACCGGGGUUUGCCGAGCGAUGCCGCCAGUGGCAGCACAAGCCAACAUGCGAGUACAAGGUCGCGGGAUGCAUUCCAAUCUCGGCCGAUCCCGACAAGCGCUACAUGUGCACUUGUGGCUACGGCGUCUUCCCCGCGAACUACCUCAAGGAUCUCAAGCAGUCUAAGGAUCUUCUCAAACACGCCGUUCGUGUCGCAGUUCCAGUCAUCUUCGCGUCACCCAUCAACACCGAUAAUCCUGCUUCUCUACCGUCGCCCUCACCUCCUGCGAAGCCGCCAGCAAAGCCUCCAGCAAAGCCUCAAGCUCAAGCACCUGUGGAUAAAAUUGAGCCUCGUUUGGUAGACCUUGGUGAGAAGGAAGGCACCUGUUGGGAGUGCGGUGCUGAGCGCCACGAGAAGGGUGGGGGUUUAGACAGAUGCGGUGGGUGCAAAUUGGCUCGCUACUGUUCUGAAGGUUGUCAGAAGAAAGAUUGGAAGAAGGGCCACAGGCAGUUGUGCCCGCAGUUGAAAGGGGAUUAG